ACACUCGUGUACAUGAGUGUGUGUAUGUGUGUGUGUGGACUACCGCGUUCGUUGUGUUUGGAUACAGCUUUUGCUAGUGUGGUACAAAUAGACUUGAGAGAUUAUCACGGAAAAUAUAUGCUGGAUAUAGAAUUGUGUGAUUAUAGUUCAUUCAAAGAUAUCUUGCUCACAAACAACUAUGGAGUUGGAUGGCAUUGUAAUGAAACAACCGGUUGCCACCAAUGAAAGCACUAUUAAUGCUUUGGACUACUUGGCAAAUCUGGAUUUCGUAAAGAUCCGGCAAAAAGUGGACAUAGCUGAACUCAUAACACCAUGGGAGGUACAAAAUCGAUACGAAGUGUGCGAUGCUAACGACAGAGUCUUCAUAACCGUCACAGAAGAAUCAGCCACAUGCCAGCGAGUGUUCUGCACCGCAAGUCAAAGAUCGCUUGUGCUCCAUAUCCAGGAUAUAAGCGGCCAGGAGCUUGCCCAAAUUAAGAAAGACUUCAAAUGCUGCGCAGGAGGAAGUGUGUGUGCUAAAGCUGACUGUUGCGCAAUGGAGAUGUUUGUCGAACGACCCGUCGGUCAACCAAUAGCACAUGUGAGACAAAUGUUUUACUGUUGUUUCCCCAAGUUCCACGUGUUUGAUGGGUAUGGUAAACAAGUAUUUGAAAUGACGGGGCCAUGUUGUCCAUGCCAGGGACCCGGAUGUUAUGAUGAUUUAGAGUAUCCGUUGAGCAAUUCUGGGGGAUCGGAUUCCGGUGCCAAGGUGACGAAGAUCUGGGAUGGAGCUGGACGGGCAUGUUGUACAAACGCAAACACGUUUGGCAUUCACUUUCCUGCCAACAUGGAUGUUCAAAAGAAACUUUCCCUUUUUGGAGCAGUAUUUGUGCUGGAUUACUUCAUGUUUGAGAGUAAUGACAACGAGUGAUCACAGGAGGAUGUAUGGAUCUUGCAGUCCGCUAGUAUGGAGAUGUAUCAUCUUCAGCAACUGAAUAGCGGGACGUUCUCUCGUAUGGAGGUUUUAUCUACGCUGUGAAAAGAUGAUUUUAUUUCCAUCUUUCGCAAACAUGUUGUUCCAACUUGUUUUUGUAUUGUAUACAUGUGUUAACAGUAUUACCAAAGCAAAAUGUAUGCUUUUCAAAACACAGACUUUAUUUCUGAAACUUCAAUAGUUUAACGAAGAAUCUCAUUACGUGGAACCGAGACGGCUGUCACUCCUCAGGGUGAAUACCAAUAUGUCUGACGCCGGAGUAGGAUGAAUAAGCUGAUGUAUGUGUUCGUAUUAACAACGCACCUGUGAAUAUUUCAAUUUCUCAUCCGGACCUUCAGUUUGUAUUAAAUGGAGCCUAAUAAAAGAGGGAUAACUUAUAAAUUUGUAAAAAACAUUCACCACUCUGAUAUUAAUCCAUACAUCUUUUUCCAGUGCCUUCUUGAUUAAGGUUUUGUUCUAAGAAUAUUCUUGGUAUUUCUUAUAGGGUGUCUGAAAAUAAUAUUAUUAAACAAUACCAAAUCAAAUCUGGAACAAACACAGUUCUCAACAAACGUGAUUUAUUUCAGAAAACAAUAAUGGCUCGGAAACAAUCUACACUGCGAAAUCUCAACAUUUCAUACCUGUACUUUUCUGGAUCAUACGUCGAAUUUCGCUUACACCUAAUGGUAAAAAAAACACACGUGUUGCUGGAACUAUAAACCAAGUCAGGGGCCAUUAUUCUGUUUUCAUGGUGCAAAAAAACCUCAUUGGAAAUAGGUUUUUCCGAGACAAUCGUUCCCGUGUACAGUGGUUAGUGAUGGUUAGAUGUUUAAUUUCAAAACCUCAGUUAACGCUUUUUCCGAAAUAUUUUUUAAAUAUUGAAAUCGAUGUCAAUUGAAAGAUAUUUCAAAAUAAAAAAUGUGGUAUCUGCAUUGACUCUUUGGUAACCAACUUUUAGAUAUUUAAGUCUUGCUGGAAAUAUGUAUAAACAACUAACUAUGUAUUGGUUCAAUAACAGAAAUAUUUCUAAAAUAUUGAACAACAUUUUUAUUUAAGACAGUUCAUCCAGCUGUCAAAACAUAUAUAGUAUACAUGAUAUAUAUUAUGUGCAUUGUAACAGUUUUGCGUGUAUAAUCAUCGUCUGUUGUUAAAAUUACUUAUCAAUUAAAC